AUGGAUUCAAGUAUUUUCUCAUCAGUUAAAUACGAACCAUCAUCAUCUGAUGAUCUAUUCACCUUUCUUUCAUCAGAUUCUGCAUCAUCAUUACCUAACAUAAACACCAUGAUGCUUUCAAAAAUUCCUACUCCAACUAUAACAACUUCAUCUGUUCGUACACCGAAAAAGAAAGGAACUCAAGGGGAAAUUCAUCACCAAAAAUCAAAAAAAGAACCAGGAGGAACAAUUAAAGCUAAAAUGAAUCAAAAAAUUAAAAAAAUAUUCGACAGUUAA